UAUUCUGAUUAGUAUUUUAAAUUGCAGUGAAGUAAAGAAUUUAAAUUUAAUAAAUAGACUGCAACAUUCAUAACACAGCGGUAAUGACAUCACUUAAGUUUGACACUGAUAACGACGCGACCAAUUCCGGAACGCCUCGACAUCGUUCCAAGCUGUUGAAAACCCUUUUUAUAGGAGCUAUUAUUGUAUUCGUAUUAGUCGCAGUGGGUUUUGGCUAUUGGAUCUUUCCUACACACAAUGAGCACAGCGUUUGCAUUACCAAGGAGUGCAGAGACACUGCUUCUGUGGUGCUCAGCAAGAUCAAUCCACAGAUCAAUCCCUGUGAUAACUUCUAUGAGUUUAUCUGCGGCACCUACGUCGACAACAUGAUCAUACCCAAAGACAAGACCAAUAUUGACACGUUGUCCGAUAUUGCAGACAAAGUUCAGGAGCAACUGAAGGACAUCAUAACAGCCGAACCACCUGAGAGCGCUCCUAAGCACUUUCGUCAACCGAACAUGCUCUACAAAGCUUGCAUGAAUACAACUCGGAUUGAAUCACUGGGCUCCAUACCCAUUACUAUAAUUGCGAAUUCCAUGGGUGGUUGGCCACUGAUUGUGGGCGACAAGUGGGACGGGGAUAACUGGACUUGGCAGGAUCAAAUAAAAAAGUUUCACAGAGGCGGUUUCAACAUGAACUAUAUCAUUGAGUUCUCUAUUAAAGUUGAUCUGCAGAACACCACUAAACGCAUGAUGACUUUGGAUGUAUCGAAUUUGUUUUUGAGUCGGGAAUAUCUAGUAAAAGGCCUCAACGAGACUCUAGUGAGCGCCUAUUACGACUACAUGGUGGAUAUUGCUGUCCUCUUUGGUGCCAAGAAGGACGAAGCCAAGAAGCAGUUGUUGCAAUCACUCGAAUUCGAAAUAACGUUGGCCAAUAUAUCCUGGUCCAUCGAGAAUAGCCACAAUUACUCCGAGCUUUAUAAUCUCCGCACUCCUCAGCAACUGAAGGGCGAAUAUCCUUACGUUGAUUGGGUGGACUACAUGAACGCCUUGUUACCAGAGGGACUCAGUGUUCAGGAUGAUGAAAUUAUAAACCUAAUUGAGCCGCCAUUCUUUGAUCAGUUGGGUAAAUUGCUGGCUAACACUCCAAAUCGUGUGAUUGCCAACUAUUUAAUGUGGCGUAUUCAUGAGUUCUCUCUAAGCUAUCUUAGUGAAGAGUUUCAUACUCGUAAACAAAAAUAUAUAAUGAUCCUUGCUGGUCAUCAGGAACAGAGGGCGCGCUGGAAGGAGUGCGUCUAUAUAGUCAGCAAAAUCCUUAGAAAAUCCGUUGCAUCGAUGUACGUUCCCAAGCAUUUCGAUGAGAACUCGAAGUCCAGUGUCCUGGAAAUGGUUACUAACAUACGGAACGUAUUCAACGAAAUUCUUGAUGAAGUCAACUGGAUGGACGACAUGACGAGACUGGAGGCCAAGAAUAAACUGCACAAAAUGGCCACAUACAUUGGCUAUCCCGAUGAGAUACUUGAUAACGAAAAACUCACCAAAUACUACGAAAAACUUCAAAUCGAUCCUAAUAAUUAUUUUAAAUCUUAUUUAGCCUUUAACAAAUUUCAAACGAACUACAUCUUCAACAAACUGCGAUUGCCCGUCAACAAAACCGAUUUGGCUGAUCAUGCCAAGACAACAGAUGUGGGUGCAUCCUAUUCAGCCGAGGGAAACAGCAUAUAUAUUCCAGCUGGCAUUUUACAGGGUGAUCUCUAUAAGGCCAAUCGCCCAAAGUACAUGAAUUUCGGUGCAAUUGGCUAUAUCAUUGGACAUGAAAUCUCUCAUGGAUUCGACGUUAGGGGUCGACAGUUUGAUGAAGAGGGCAACAUGCGGGAUUGGUGGCAAUCGGACACAAAGAAGGCAUAUCUGCAGAAGGCUCAAUGCAUCACCGAACAGUAUGGCAACUACACGGAAUCAAAAACAGGAUUAAAAUUAAAUGGCAUCAAUACGCAGAGCGAGAAUAUUGCUGAUAAUGUUGGUAUCAAGAUGGCCUAUAGAGCUUACCAACGUUGGGUGGAAAAGCACGGGGCAGAACAAAGGCUUCCUGGUCUGGACUAUACACCACAGCAAAUGUUUUGGAUUUCGGUUGCUCAAACUUGGUGCACUAAGGAUCGUAAGGAAUACUUAGAUUAUGUGAUUACAACAGAUGGGCAUUCGCCAUCGAAGUUUCGCGUAUUGGGACCGCUGAGUAAUUCAAAGGAAUUUUCCAAAGACUUCCAAUGCCCAGAAGACUCACCAAUGAAUCCCGUGCAUAAAUGUGAAGUGUGGUAGAUUUAAUUCUAUAAAAAAUA